AUGGAUCAUCAUUUCAUAAAAUUUUGACGAUUCAAGUUCUUCAUAGCAUGUUGAGUAAACCCGUAUGUAUUGUUGAAAUAACACUAUGAUUAUGAUAUUUUUGGCUGAUGUUUUUUGAAUUAAAUAAAAUGGAUAGUUUCCACUGGAUUACAAACUCCAAGAAAGUUAAAGAAUUCCGUGUACGUUUCGAUAUCUUCGAUCGUCAUAAGUCGGGGAUCAUCAAAGUGAGUGAGCUCAUUUCUGUGCUGCAAGACAUGGGCAUGAAAAUAUCGCGAGAGAUGAUAGACCAGAUGAUGGCAAGCAUUGGCAAGCUAGGCGAAGAUGAGAUCCAUUUUGACGAGUUUAUGAUGAUGGCCGCCAGGAAAGAAGUGUGCGAGGAUGACUACGGCGAUCUUAAGGAAGCGUUCUCGGAAUUCGACAACGGCAAGGGGUUUAUAGCGGAAAGGGAUCUAAGGCUAGUGAUGACCACGAUGGGUGAGAAACUCUCCGACGACGAGGUUGAUGAAAUGAUUGAAGAGGCGUCAGUAGAGAACGGGAUGAUACAUAUUGAUGAUUUCAUCUCUGUAUUACUACGAUAGCAGAUGUCCGUCCAACGAGGUCAUUGUUCUACAAAUUUGAAAAAAAUAACGUAUCGUUUAAGUCGUUCAAUUGAGAGACCUACGUGCACAGGAGAAUAGUAGCAGCACAGCCCAAAUAUCAAUCUCCACGAAGAGUUGUCGUUCCUUGCUCUCACAUACAACCUCUGCCAUCACAAGAAAAUCCCACCAGCUUUAUUAUGCACCAUGUUAUUAUAUAUAUGUAUUUGUGUCUAAUACAAGAUAAGUAUUGAUGCAAAGCAUCAAAGAGCGUCGGGAAUUCCAGUGUAAAAGGCACUCAAUGAAGUUACAUGGAACGAUUAUUUCUACUGUAAAUAUUAAUAUAUUGGCCGAUUAUUUUAAACAAAAUAGAAAAAGAUACUGGUAUAACCAUUAUCUAUGAUUUUGUGUUGUAACCCCCAAAUAUUUCAUAGUUCAUUUUAUUUACAUUGGUUUUCUUUUUUUUUAACUGGCAUCCAUGUGCAGUUUUCAUUAAUGGAACAGAACUGUGUAGGUUUUAAAAAAUCUGCUUCAUCUUGUAAGCGUUAUUUCAUAUUUUUCUCAACUUCAAGGGGAGAUGAUUCUGAACUUAGUCUUACGUUGCUCAUUUACGAUACGGGUUGAAUACUCAUUGAUGUGAAAACUCUGUAAAAGUUUUAAUGUGUUUACGACCCCCCACCCUCUCACGCAUAUAUUUCAUGGGCAUAAUAGAAACAAAAACUGGUUACAAUAGAAUAGCACAUUUAUUUAAACUAAAAUGUCUACAUCAAAACAAAAAGUUAACAUAGAACACAAAUAAAAUAAUUUAAUUCUACUGGGGCUCGAACCUUGGGCCUCUCACAUGUGAAGCGAGCGUGUAACAACUACACUACGAAACCGCUUGAAAAAUCACGUUCUUACUAAGAUAUUAAUAAGUGACUGUUGUGUAACGGUUAUCAAUAAACCAAUAAACCGUGUAAUCGCUGUCGUCUUGUAAAAUUGAAGAAAAAACGCGUUAGCCAAAACUCGAACAGCAAAAGUCUGCGCUAUUGUUAGAAAAACCACAAAAUAAAUAUAUUUUGAUUAUGUUUUGUUUUUAUACAAAACCAGAAAGUUUCACCGGUUCGCGU